AUGACGACACAAAAGCCCAAGUACCCCCUGGGGAAAAUUGAACCCAACUCGGCCAAGUACUUCGCCAGUUGUACAUUUGGAGGCAUUGUUGCUUGUGGCCCGACUCACACAGCUGUCACUCCUCUCGAUCUCGUAAAAUGUCGUCGCCAAGUCGACCCCAAGAUCUACACCUCCAACCUCUCCGCCUGGCGCUCCAUCAUGUCCAAAGAAGGCCUUCGCGGUAUCUUCUUCGGCUGGACCCCGACCUUCGUUGGCUACUCGUUCCAAGGGGCAGGUAAAUACGGCUUCUACGAGUACUUCAAGUACCUCUACGGCGACCAGCUCUUCCCCAAUGCGAACCGCACAGUCGUCUUCCUGGGUGCAAGUGCCUCGGCCGAGUUCUUCGCCGACAUCGCUCUCUGUCCGAUGGAGGCGAUCAAGGUGCGCAUGCAAACCACUCUGCCGCCGUUCGCACAUACCCUGCGCGAAGGAUGGGGGAAGGUCGUGGCACAGGAGGGUCUUUCGGGCCUGUAUAAGGGGCUGUAUCCGUUGUGGGCGAGACAGAUCCCAUAUACAAUGACUAAGUUUGCGACGUUCGAGGAGACGGUCAAGUACAUCUAUAAGACGCUGGGGAAGCCCAAAGAGAGUUAUAAUGGGUUGCAGCAGACAGGAGUGAGCUUCCUGGGUGGUUAUAUUGCGGGCAUCUUCUGCGCCAUUGUCAGUCAUCCGGCUGACGUUAUGGUGAGCAAGUUGAAUGCGGAUCGGAAAGCUGGUGAGGGUGCCAUGACGGCCGUGUCGCGCAUCUAUCGCAAUAUCGGGUUCUCAGGCUUGUGGAAUGGCUUGCCUGUUCGGAUUGUCAUGCUUGGUACAUUGACUGGAUUUCAAUGGCUGAUUUAUGAUUCGUUCAAGGUGUUCCUUGGGUUGCCCACUACUGGUGGACAUUAG